CCGUAGAGCAAGCGAACGUCUUGUUAGCACUCGCGGCAGUAGUGUUCGCGAAAUCGUGUGUAUUGUGAGGAUGUGAAAGGUUGUUUUGGAAAAGGAGAUCGAAAUCGCAUCAGCCAUCUACAGCAAUCAAUAUAAACAACGACCCCCGUGAACAUUGGGAGUGUGGAGGGUGAAAAAAUACCGCACCAACGCCCGUGUCCUUUCCCGCGUGUUUGUGGAUGAUUGUUUUUAAUUUAGCACCAGAAGAGACCAGUACCGUGGUGGAUGCACGACAGUCUACGGCGACGAAAACAUGGCUGACCAGAACGAGAAAAUUCUUCACCGUCUACUACAAGUCGACGGCAACAACAUUUGCGCAGAUUGCGACUCGAAAAAUCCAGAAUGGGCUUCCUACAAUAUCGGAAUUUUCCUGUGCACCAGAUGUUGCGCGGUCCAUCGCAGCAUGGGUGCGCACAUAUCGAAAGUUAAGCAUCUAAAGCUGGACAAAUGGGAAGACAGUCAGCUGGAGCGUAUGAUCGACAUGGGCAAUAAGGCGGCAAAGGUAAAGUACGAGAGCCGCGUACCAGCAUGCUACCGACGACCGAAGGAAAAUGACCCACAAGUGCUGAUCGAGCAAUGGAUCAGAGCCAAGUACGAGCGUUUAGAAUUCUGCAUGAUUGAACGGCCCAGCUACACGUCCGGCCGGAUGGAGGGUUUCCUGAUGAAGCGCGGCAAGGAGGACAGCCGUUACCAGCCCCGAAAGUUCGUUCUAUCCGGGUUGCAAGAUACGUUGCGUUACUACGUGAGGGAAAAGCGUGAACCAAAGGCCAUACUGCGGAUAUCGGAGCUGAACGUCGUGUACGCCCCGAUGAAGAUCGGUAACCCAAACUCACUGCAGUUGACGUUCAUGAAAGACGGAACGACGAGGCACAUCUACGUUUAUCACGACGAUCCGGAGGUGAUAAACAACUGGUACAUGGCUAUCCGAUGCGCCAAACUGCACCGGCUGCAGAUUGCCUUCCCGAGCGCCUCGGAGAGCGAGCUGGCCGAUUCGCUAACGCACGACUUUACGCGCGAGGGCUGGCUGCUCAAGACGGGUCCGCGGGCCACGGACAGCUACAAACGGCGGUGGUUUACGCUGGACGAUCGCAAGCUGAUGUACCACGACGAUCAACUGGAUGCGAACCCGAAGGGUGAAAUCUUCCUCGGCAAUCAGCUGGAUGGCUACAGUGUCCGUAUCGGUGCACCGGCCGGGGCCAAAGAUCAGGGCUUCAGUUUUACACUGUUCACACCCGAGCGAACGUAUAAUAUGUCGUCGCACAGCGAGCAGGACCGGGACGAGUGGAUUGCGGCAAUACAGUGCGUUCUCGAGCGUCCUCUCAGUCCGCAGGAUAACUCAAUUUCAGCACGACUAAUACGGAAGCGCGGAGGAACCAACCCAAAGAGUAUCUUUACGGGUAGGUAAUAGGAAAGCUAAACUCAAUGCUCUCCAGCAUCCCCUCAACCGUGGACGAAUGCCAGGAUGUAAAGAUGCGCCAAUAGGCAGCAAGAUGAAACCCCUCAUUCAAUGAGACGCACUAAAUCCCGCCAACUUUUGCACAGUGAACAUUUACAGCCUGAGCUAGUGGUGAAAUCAUCAAAACAAACAAAAUGAGACAAAAAGCAAUCCAACAUCGCAAACAGUUGUUUCAGCAUAUAUUUUUAAUUUAAUUUAACCUACUUUAAGGACGAAACAAACGUAUGUGAAUUGCUCGCUAAACAUAUGCCCCCUAUCAAUCCACAGGCAGGUUAGGUUGACUACCCGUAGUAGAUUCACUUUAGAUAAUUGAUUGUAGAUUUACUUUAUUUCGCUUCCAGCAGCGACGUUAAGAUUAAGUUAGGGGCCAGAACGAGGUGCAAACGGAGAGUUAUUUAUUGACAAAUAGAAACUGUCUUCGAACACAAGCACAAAGUGAGCGCUGUGAAAUACUCAGCAAAGGAUUAUUAUCCUUUUAACUAUGCUCCCAUCACCUGGUUUCCUUCGACCACACAUGUUAUGUUGCUUGCUUCGAGAGAAAGAGAGUGGUUUGAGCACCUGCAUUUCUAUUCGUUUGAAGAAUUAAAAAAGCGAUGCACACAGACACACAAACACAUAUUUGAGGUAGCGUCAGAUUGUGGAUAGCACAGCACGGAUUUUUUUCUUUACAAAGUAGAGUUCUCACCCCGUAUGGUUAAACCAUAAAGUAGUGUAGAAAAUCAAAUGGGAAAAGCAGAAAAAAAGUUAAGCAACAUUUAAAAUAAAGUAAAUAAAUUAAACAUGUUUAAGCAACAAUGUAGAAAGUAUGUGUAGCUUGCAAGUAUGGCAGGAAAAAUAAUCCCCUAGAUAGGAUAAAUUAAACUAAUUCGAUCUGAACAUCAGGAAACAACCAUUCAGGAGAAAGCACCCGAAAACAAGUCACAGUUGGAAGUGUACCAAACAAUAUUUUAGUGACCAGUAAGCUGAAAUUUAAUGUUUGAAACCGAACUUAUAGAGAGCGUGAGGCUCGGAAGUUUACGAACAGCAACAUACAAAACCAAACGUUACUCAUAAAAAACAUAUUCGAAAACACGGAAAGCAAAACAAUAUCCCCUGAAUCGAAGUAACGAGACAAGUUUAAAAGAAACGAUGAAAUUAAUACUGCCCCCGAUGAUUAUCACAAUUACGUUUACAACCGUGGACGUAUUUUCGUGCACCAGUUUUCCAUCCGUGGGACAUUAUGAAGGUCAGCUGGAAGAGAUCGAGUGUGUGAAAACGUGGAACAAAUAUCUGACGUAAAAUUUAAGUAAGAUUAACUCUUCGGUAGAAAUAUUGGAACACAAGUGUUUGACGACUAAUGAAGGACGUAUAGUAGGAGGAGUUAUUAAACAAAAAAAAACAGAACUACACAAAUCUGCCAAAAAUAGC